UUGAUUGGCUGAGAGGUGGAGGAAGCGCAGUUGUACUACUCACCUCGGUGUGUCCUCCCGGCCUGCAGAAAUCCAAAGACACUGCGCACGACUGUGGGUAGAUACUUUCUUUUUCACGGAGCGUGUAAGUGGGAGAAUUUUUCGACAUGUCGUCAAUAUUUGGACUCGUAACCAAACAACUUAAAACCCACCCAGCUCUGAUCCCCCUCUUCGUCUUCAUUGGUGGUGGAGUAACCAUGAGCGCCACUUAUUUGGCUCGACUGGCUCUAAAAAACCCAGAUGUCUCAUGGGAUCGCAAGAACAACCCUGAGCCCUGGAACAAAUUGGAGCACAAUCAGCAGUACAAACUUUUUUCGGUCAGCACGGACUACUCCAAGCUGAAGAAGGACAGACCUGAUUUUUAAAUCUGAAGUCUUUCAGUCUGUGUGAAGAGCCGUCGAGUCAAAACCUGAGGACGAAUUGAGUCUCAAACUGCUCAAUACACUCAGUUUACCAGGGGUGGGAAUCAUUCUGUUCAUACAUUGCUGUAUAAAUAAAGCAGGCAGUCACCUGUUUUACCAAUUUAUGAGUUUAUUUUUGACCAAGUUGUAAAUCAUUAAAUCUAUUUAAAUCAUUUC